AUGGCUGGUUCGUGCAUUUACUAUUCAAAAUGUUCGGAAUGUGUAGAAUCUGGACCAGAAUGCGCAUGGUGUGCAGAUGAGCCAUUUAUAAAUGAAGUAGGAAUUGUAUAUGCAAGAUGCAAUACUUUGGAAGGUUUGAAACAAGCAAAUUGCUCCAACAUCAAUCAAUUAGCAUCGAGUACAGUAACUAUUCUAAAGAAUGAUGAUUUCAAAGAUGUUGUGGAACAUGAUAAUAUUUUUGAAGCAGUGCAGAUUAAACCACAAAGAUUAGAACUGAAAUUACGACCAAAUGAAAAGACAAGUUUUAAAAUGAUAUAUAGACCAGCAAAAAAUUAUCCACUAGAUUUAUAUUAUCUUAUGGAUUUAUCAUAUUCUAUGAGAGAUGACAAGGAAAUAUUAGCUAAUUUGAAAGAUAGUCUUCCAAAAACACUGAAACAACUAACUGAACAUCCAAGGAUUGCUUUUGGCAGUUUUGCCGACAAGACAGUGUUGCCGUAUACUUCAAUUGCAAAAGUACCACUGCAAAAUCCUUGCAUAAAAAUUGGCAAAGAAUGCUCACCUUCAUAUGAAUUCAAGCACCAUUUGAAAUUAACGACAAAUUUUACAGAAUUUUCAGACAAGGUGAAAGAUGCUGAAGUGACAGGAAAUCUUGAUGACCUCGAAGGCGGUCUAUCGGCACUAACUCAAGCGAUUGUCUGUAAGGGCAAUGUCGGCUGGCGAGAAAACUCGACGAAAAUCGUCAUUUAUGCUUCCAAUGGAUUAAUGCACAUUGCAGGCGAAGGACUGCUGGGUGGAGCAGUACGUAAAAACGAUUGCGCAUCUUGUUAUUUGGAUAAAGGGACAUAUCACAAAGUGGACACAGAUUAUCCAUCCUUGGCAUGCGUUCACCGGGCUCUAAUUAAAGACAAGGUUUUUGUCAUUUUUGCUGUAACCGCACACAUAUAUGAUACUUAUUUGAUGCCUCAUAAACUGAUGCCUCAACAUACGUCUGUGGCACUUCUAAAAAAUGAUAGUUCAAACAUUUUGGAUCUGGUCGAGGAUGGUUAUAAAAAGGCUAUCUCUUCGGCUACAUUUAUUGAUGAUGCCAACUCUUUCUUGAGUGUCAGAUAUUUUACAAAUUGCGGAGACGAUAGUGCGCCUAUGCGAGAAAUAAAUAGCUGUCAAGGAACAGAAGUUGGAAAAAAUUACACAUUUUCAGUGGAAGUUACUUUAUUAAAAUGUCCGAGCGAAAAAAAACAAUGGAAAAAUAUCUUAAAAAUUGAAGAGCAACUGACAAACACAAAGCUUACAAUAGCUCUGGAAUUUAUGUGUGGAUGUCAGUGUGAAGAUUCAGUUCAAGAAAAUCAACCUUCAGCUAACUGUAAUUCCCAGGGAAAUUUAACAUGCGGUCAAUGCGAAUGCAACCCUGGAUGGGCAGGCAAAUCUUGCAGCUGCGAUCUGAAGGAUGCUGAAAGCACGAUUAAGCUAAAUGACCAAUGUUUACCGCCAACUAAAAUACCUUCGAAAGAAGAUGUAGAAGAUUCAGAUUGGGCAAUUGUGGAUUAUUACAGCCUGGACAAACACACUGUAUCUGCAGAUGAUGAGAAAACACUCAUAGUUGGGCCAAAAUUAUGUUCUGGUAAAGGCGAUUGUGAGUGUGGCGAAUGUAAGUGCAUUCCAGGAUUCAUUGGACGUUACUGCGAAUGUGCAGAAUGCCAGAGAAGGCCAAAUUCCGAACCAUGCGGCGGUCCGACGCGCGGCACUUGCGACUGCGGCACUUGCAAGUGUUUGCCAAAUUGGAGCGGCGACGACUGCGGCUGCUCGACUGAUACCGAUAGGUGCAGGGCACGCGACUCGGAAAAUGUGUGCUCUGGAAAUGGGGAAUGCAAAUGCGGUAAGUGCAAAUGCCAUGCAAAUGCGGAAGGAAACGUGUGCCGUGGUGAAUUUUGCGAGAUUUGUGGUUUGACAAAUUCUUUUUGCAAUGUAUUCACAUCCUGCGCCCAAUGUUACGUGGAGUCGACCAGAAAACGACGCCGAGACGACGAUAACUGUGAUAAGUUUUGCGGAAAAGGAUUGAGCAAUGAGACUGAAGCCAAAAUUGUCGACACACUUGGAGAUGUUGAACCAGGACAAAUAUGCUCAUUUCAAACGGAAUACAGAGGCAAAGCAUGUCACCAUCAGUAUAUCUAUAAGACAGUAGACGACGAUAAAAUCAAAUUUCAAGUAUUAUUAACAUCCGUUUGCCGAGAUACAAUUAGUGCAAUCGCUCUUUCUGGUUACAUCAUGCUGGGAACAUUUCUGGCUGGGUUCCUAGUAAUGCUUCUGGUUUGGUAUAAUAUUAAGAGGAAGGAUGCAAUAGAAGCAAAACUUUUUGCCGUCGAAGAAGAAAAGAAUAAACUACUACUUUCAAACACCAUGCAGAACCCCUUAUACAAUUCGCCAAUUACCCGUGUCGAUCUGGAUGAAUUUAAGAAGGAAAAACCUUGUGCAAAAUGUAGAACAUCCAGAUCAUCAUUUAGAUCAUCUAGAAGUAGCUUUGAAAUAAGUGCACCAUCUACUCCUAUGAUUCCGAAACCCGAUCACGAAGAAUAUUAAUUUAUGCAUUAGUUUUGUAUAUAGUAAUAAUUUAUAUUAUAUUAAUUGAUUUUGUACUUUUUUGAAA